GCUGUGAGAACCACAGAGCCUGCAGCUGGGAGCUAGAGCUCUGAGGAGCAGUAGCACCUGGGUCUGUCUACACGGGCUCAGGUCCCUAGGCCACGCUCUUUGUCCCUGCUGUGCUGGGUGGGAGGGCCCAAUCUGGUUUCUCUGAGAAGCAAAGGACUGCUGUACUAGUUUCGUGGAGAUUGUCUGCUGACAAAGAAGCUUGAUCACAGUACCUCAGCCUACUCUGACUCCUUUCUGGUGACCGAUCCUCCAGGCUGCUGGGGCCUGAGAUGCCGACUACCUUAGGACCUGCAAAGGCCUGACCUGUCGGGUCAGUGUGCACAUUGGCUGACUACCCUCAUCAAACGUCUGAUGGCAAACCUUUCCCUUUCCAGGUUCAGUGUGCUUGUGAGCGUCUGCUGAGUGAUGGGAAGUUUGUCCAGCAGAGGGAAAACCUCCAGCCCCAGCCCCAGCUCCUCUGGUCCAGACCAGGAACCCGUGUCCAUGCAACCAGAAAGACACAAGGUCACAGCUGUGGCCCUGGGCAGUUUCCCAGCAGGUGAACAGGCCAGACUAUCUCUGAGACUCGGGGAGCCGCUGACCAUCAUCUCUGAGGAUGGAGAUUGGUGGACAGUCCAGUCGGAAGUCUCAGGCAGAGAGUACCACAUGCCCAGUGUGUAUGUGGCUAAAGUCGCCCACGGGUGGCUGUACGAGGGCCUGAGCCGGGAGAAAGCCGAGGAACUACUCCUGUUACCUGGGAACCCCGGAGGGGCCUUCCUCAUCCGGGAGAGCCAGACCAGGAGAGGGCUGAGUCUCUACCUGGACCCACCCUGGACCCUUUCCUCCUUAGGCUGCUAUUCCCUGUCCGUCCGACUCAGCCGCCCUGCAUCUUGGGACCGGAUCAGACACUACAGGAUACAGCGUCUUGACAAUGGCUGGCUGUACAUCUCACCUCGCCUCACCUUCCCCUCACUCCACGCCUUGGUGGAGCAUUACUCUGAGCUAGCAGAUGGCAUCUGCUGUCCCCUCAGGGAGCCGUGUGUCCUGCAGAAGCUUGGGCCACUACCUGGCAAAGAUACACCUCCACCUGUGACUGUGCCAACAUCAUCACUAAAUUGGAAAAAGCUGGACCGCAGCCUCCUGUUUCUGGAAGCACCUGCGAGUGGGGAGGCAUCUCUGCUCAGUGAGGGGCUCCGAGAGUCCCUCAGUUCCUACAUCAGCCUGGCUGAGGACCCCUUGGAUGAUGCUUAGCCCUGGAGCACAAAGAGAAAGGGAACCAAGACUGUGGCACCGAGAGCUCCAACUCCGCUGACCCUGACAAAGCUCCAGGAGGCAAGGCUGGGAGAACAGAGACGGCUGGGGUGGGGCACAGACACUCGGGGCCUCACCUGGGCUUUCUGAUAAGUCAUGUAUCUCCUAAGGCCUCACCCCUACCUACUACUUCUAGUCCAUGUGCAGUGCAGUUCAAAGCAGGGCUGGCCUCUACAGAGAAUAAAAUACUUCUGAGGUCUGAUAAGUCA